GCUGGCUAGAUCCACGGAGACUCCACAGCUCCGUAAUUUUGUCACUCACAACACCCACGUGGCUUUUCAGAAAGUAAACAUAGAGGCAACAUGGAGCUAGCUAGCUGGAGACUGAUGAUCUGGAUGAUGAUGGAAGAGCUGAUCAGCACUCAUCGUCACAUAGCUAAUUUCCUUUGAAAGGUGUGAGAUUCUCAGCCUCUUGUUUGCAGCCUCGCUAUGAAGUUGAUGGAGACUAGCUUGCCAGUGCACUGACGUGACUAACAGUGUCUCCCAGGGUAACACACUGUGAUGGAGAAAAAGCAAACACUAGAGCUGAGACAACUCUCCAGGCGGAGACCAGGAACAUCUCCUAUCAGUAGAAGCCGUUUGCAAGAAAGCAAUUGUCCAGCCACUGCAGCUUAUAUCCAUGGAAGCAGCAACCCAACUUCAGCAGCUCAGACUUCAAGGCAGGAGGAGGCCAGUGCAUUGAGUGAGGGCACAGCUACAGCUAGCUCCACCUUCUCCCUCCCAGUGCUGAGCAGUGAACCAGCUUCGACUGUGACACUGCUGGAGGAUGGAUGGAAUAUGCAAACUGAGCUCCUCCCCUCUGCACGAAUGCAGCCUCCUGAUUAUGAGGACACCCCUCCUGAAUAUUCUCUUACUCAAGAGAAGAUUCAGAAUUUGCUUUAUCUGACGGAGGAAGAAACAGAUUUCGAUUCUAACAAAGAAGUACCAGACAUAUUUGCACAGGUAGAUCAACUAGAUAAGUAUGCCGAGAUAGAGGUUCUCAAAGGACGACUAGAAGAUGAUGGCCUCAAGCCGUACAUACCAAGGUUUUCACAUGACAUGCGAGAGGAGUCGCUGCUAGUGGGGAAAAUUUCCAGAGAACAAAUUGAAGAGGAGGAGCGGAAACUGCAGCUGGAACACCUGGCUUAUCAGGAGCAGGAGGCAAUCAAGCAGCUGGAGAGGCAACGGCAGAUCACUGUCUCAAAGGAGGUUGCAAAGAAAGAGAUAAACAAAACUACGAAAUUACGAAAAAGGGCCCUCAAAAAGAAAGAGGCUCAAGUGGUACAGUCGUCUAUGAUCCAGCGUAGAGAGUUGUACUCCGCCUUUAACACAGCCCAAAAGCAGAUGAUCAGAGCAUUAAAGGCUAGAAAAGCAGAAGUGAAGACACUGUACGGAGACCUUCAGAGAGCCAAUGGUUGCUACAGUGGUGUGAGGGGCCGUCGCUGGAAGGUGGACUGGAACAGAGCUCCACAACCGGUGCAGAUCAAGCUCAAGUCUCUCAGAGGAGUCAGAGACAAGCUACCAGGCAGUCGCUAUGUUCUCCUGGUCUCCCUAUACGAUCGUCUGGGAGGUCAUGUGCUGAGGUGGUCCAGACUCCAGGGUCAACAGUGGGCAGGAUCUACUCUACCUGUAGAGCAUGGAGGACACUACUACAACACUGAAGUCAAGCUUGACCAGAGUGUGUACACUGUGCUUCCUCCGCGGGUUACCAUGAAGCCCUCCAUGGUAUUGCUGUUUGAGGUGUGGCUGCUGAGAGGCGUGGUCUCUCCCACUGACAGGGUGGUGGGCUGGGGAGUGUUCCCUGUCUGUGACGUUGGAUUCAGAAUCAUCGAGGGAAAAUACAAGUGUCCCUUACUGCGAGGGCCAGUGGACCCGGUGGUGACCAAACACAGUCAGAUUGAGACAUUGAUGGCUUCAGACCUGGAGAAUUGGCUGUGUAAUCUCUACUUUGAGGUUGUCAAGCUUCCGAGGUAUCUCUCUGGUAUGCAUGAGUAUCAAGUGAAGUUGAAGUUAUCGUCUGCUCACCUGGGUCUCCCUGAUCGUACCCACGAUAUCAGACCUGACAAUGAGACAUCACACGAGGACUCUGCUGGUGAUGUGAAUAGAUUGAUUGAGUCUCCUCAAACUCCAAUUGCCACUGCAAAUGAAGAAGCCUCCAGGGCUUUGGAGGGAAUCCCCUCAGGGUUUGCCAGGAGGAGUGUGUCCAGUGAGCCCCUUCAGUCGAGAAUGUCUCGCAGGCUGCACUCAACUCCAGUUGGAGACUCUGACUCAGACAGCUGCUGUGGUGAUGGACAGAGGGAGGAUGGAGAGUUCACACCAGUGGAGGAUCAGCCUGGCUUGUAUUACAAGGUGCACACGUUCAACCCCGUUGAGGAGAAGCAAGCAAAGGCUGCAACCAUGUACCCACACACACGUCUGCUGCAAGAAAGGGGCCGUGGUCAACGACAGAGGAAGGCACUCUCAGAAGAGGAAGAGCUGCAACAGUACUCCGUAGCUGUCAAGAAACCAUUUUCUGAUUGCAUCAAGAAGAAGCGUAGGAUAAAUGAAAGGGUGCAGUAUGUUGGUCGACAGUUACUCUCUGAGUUUGGUCCGUGGCAAUGGAAGUCACUGGAGUUUUGGAGCACGGUAGUUAUUCUGGUACUGUGCUGGUGGAUCAGACUGUAUUUACACUAUGUGGCUCAGUAUGUCUUUCUCAGGGCUAUCAGAAUACCAGUCAAUAGGUUCGAGUUCUUCCCUCACACUGUCAUUUUGAACUAUCAAAGUAGCCUGCUCUUCACAAGGGAAACCAUUGCCAUUGUUCUACUGGGUCCAAUCUUCAACACGCUCAUCUUCAACCUUCUCAUCCUACUAAGCUGGUUGAUUCAGUGUCUCUUUGGCAGUUUCCCGGACCUUGGCUCCCAGUUCAUCCUAGCCUUUGGAGUGCAAGCCCUACUGGAUCCAUACUGGCUGUUUAUAGUAGACAUGGCAUUAUUGAGAUUCCAAGCUCCUCUACCUGAAAUGCAAACAGCUGAUGUGACAAAACUAUAUUGGCAUUUUGAUUGUUUAGAAGGCAAUGGAGUGGUCGGAAUAUUUCUACUCAUUUUUCUCUACCUUUUCGUUUCUUUUCUCACCCUUGCCUGCCUCUAUAUGUUCUUCCUACGGGUUCACAAAAAUGGGCUGUUGCUAGAUAUCUAUCAGAGACUCGGGAAUACUGAAGAGCAUUUCUUUGUCCCUCGUGAUAUGGAGGUCUCCAAUCACGAACUGGGUUGGGUGUGUCGGAAAGCUGAGCAAUGGAGAGGGGCAGAGGGGGAGAGACGAAAAGUGGCUGUUCACGACUAUGUGUGUACCAAUGAUGAGAGUGAGGUAUCUUCUGCGAGGGGUGGAAACAGAGCAGUAAGGAGUAGGCAAGUGACAACACAUGUGUCCAUCCACGCUCUCCACCUGGACGGCCUGAGAGAGCUCUACAGACACUUCCUAAGACUGGAGGACGGGAGCAUCAUUGAGGUGUUUGGAGAGCUAUCCAACAUUCCUGGGAUAAGCCCUAACCUGAAGAAUGCUCUCACCUCUCAAGGACACAGCCAUAGUGAUACCAUCACCACGACUGAGUCAAUCACCUUUACCCAGCACUCAGAGGACACACGCCACACGAUCGACUCCUCACACCACAACACACCCUCACACACUCAAAAAGAAACCGUUUCAGAUGAUGAAAAUGAAAACAGUUCUCCUACAGAGGAGAUUGCAACUAGUGUGGAUAUGGACGGAACAGAUGCUCUUGGAGCCAAUGCCAGAACUAGUAUGCCUUUGGAAGAAGGUUAUGAUCUCGAAGCAAGCUACGAUCCUUCUACUGACACUAUAUACGAGCCUAAGACCGAGCUGAUGGACAAGAGUAGUACGGACACUACAAUAGAUGGAUGCCUCGUUGCAUUGAACACCUCUACCGUGAUUGAGGUAGAGAGCUCUGAAGAGAACACUGAGAAACAUUUAGAAAAGAAAUUAUCAGCAGGACAACUCGUGUAGUUAAUUAUGAUUGUUAAUUGGCAUUAAUUAUCACUUUCAGCAUUCAAUCAUGUACUCCAAAUAUUAUUGCACCAAAAUUAUCCCAUAAUCUACAAUCAUGCCAGAGGCUUAAUUCACUUUACAUGCAAAUCAAGGUUCACGUAUAACUUUUUGUAGUGAAUCACC